CUUAGGUAACACCCAAUGUCUUUCUUCUUUGUAGAUUUGAGACCCAUGAACAGGUCCGCAACACAUGUUGUGACUGAAUUUGUUCUCCUGGGAUUCCCUGGUUGCUGGAAUGCACAGAUUUUCCUCUUCUCGUUGUUCUUGGUGGUUUAUGUCUUGACCUUGCUGGGAAACGGAGCCAUCAUCUGUGCAGUGAGAUGUGACCCACGACUACACACCCCCAUGUACUUUCUGCUGGCAAACUUUGCCUUCCUUGAGAUCUGGUAUGUUUCCUCCACUGUUCCUAACAUGCUGGCCAACAUUCUCUCCAAGACCAAGGCCAUCUCAUUUUCUGGAUGCUUCCUCCAGUUCUAUUUCUUCUUUUCACUGGGCACAACUGAAUGUCUCUUUCUAGCAGUAAUGGCUUAUGAUCGGUACCUGGCCAUCUGCCGCCCACUGCACUACCCUGCCAUUAUGACUGGAAGGCUGUGUCGCAUGCUGGUGUCUUUCUGUUGGCUCAUUGGAUUCCUUGGAUACCCAAUUCCCAUUUUCUUCAUCGCCCAACUCCCCUUCUGUGGCCCUAAUAUCAUUGAUCACUUCCUGUGUGACAUGGACCCACUGAUGGCUCUGUCCUGUGCCCCAGCGCCUAUUACAGAAUUUAUUUUUUAUACGCAGAGCUCCCUUGUCCUCUUUUUCACUAUUACGUACAUUCUUCGAUCCUAUACCCUGCUGCUCAGAGCUGUUUUUCGGAUCCCUUCUGCAGCUGGCCAGAGAAAGGCCUUCUCUACCUGUGGCUCUCAUUUGGUUGUGGUGUCUCUCUUCUAUGGGACAGUCAUGGUAAUGUAUGUAAGUCCUACCUACGGCAUCCCAACUUUGAUGCAGAAGAUCCUCACACUGGUAUAUUCAGUAGUGACUCCUCUCUUUAACCCCCUGAUCUACAGCCUUCGUAAUAAGGACAUGAAACUUGCCCUGAGAAAUGUCCUGUUUGGAAUGAGAAUUAGUCAAAAUUCAUGAGCCCAAAAUAUGCCAUACUUACAAGUUCUAAGGAAGAACAUGAUGG